CGAUAUAUGAAAGAAAGAUAAAUAAACAAAAUUGAAGUGGCAUAAUAAUCGGUAAAAAGCGGGCCAAGAAACAUUAGUUAGUUGAAACCCCCUAACAUGAGAGUUUAAUUCAGGUCACGGCAUGCUCAUAUCCUUACCGAAUACCGGGUCAACGGAUCGUAAUCGUAGUAUAUAUUGUAUGCGGAGAAUUGCUUUUGUGGCUGUGUGGAUAUUUUUAAUGUUGAAGUUGCGGAGCUUUUUCUUCGAACCAAUCUAUUCGGUGAAUGCUAUGAGAUCCGUAGCGCUUCAUAAUGCUCCGACAAUUAGCCAGCAAAUUACUAAAUAUAAUGCUGCGAAAUUAGUUUUAAAUGAAGAUUUAUUCGGUCCGUUAAAAAAUGAUUCUGUAGUAAUCGUAGUACAAGUUCACACUCGUGUUACAUACCUAAGCUAUUUAAUUGGGAGCCUAGCACAGGCAUAUGGUAUUUCAACAGUUCUUCUGAUAUUUUCUCAUGACUACCACGAUAAAGAUAUUAAAAAAUUAGUGGAAACUAUAGACUUUUGUUUGGUAAUGCAGAUAUUUUAUCCAUAUCCUAUACAUAAGCAUCCAAAAUGUCUACAGAACACUUUAAAAAGUCCGUAA